GACAGGAGAGAGAGCGAGAGAGAGAGAAGCCAAGCAUAGUGCGCCUGACGCAGUGAGAUACGGAUAGAAGACAGAGAGGCAGAGAACAGAACGGAACAGAAGAGAAGAGAGAGCGCUGCAUGCGCGAGACAGUGUCGGUGGAACGACAGCUCAUCUCGCAGCAGCUGUCUGUCGGAUGCCGUGGUUGACACUGCACAGCCUUGAGACGUGAUGCUGGAUAUUCCCGUGGAGAUCAGCAGCUGCUACUGCUGCUCUCCUCCUUGAAAGAGAGAGAGGGAGAGAUAAAGGAGAGGAGCGAGAGAGAGAGACAUAUAGAGGAGAGGAAAGAGAACGGGAAGGGAAGAGCGUGUCACAGAAGCGACAGAAGGGGUUUUGGGUGAUAUCUGAGAUGAAUCGCUAACCGUACGGUCAGAUUUCUAACCGUUUCGCCGUUUUCACACCAGGUAACUGCACUCCAGAGCCCCAAGACAACAAGAGGACAUCCCUGACCUUUAACCUAAAUUUCUGACCAACCUAUGAACCACCAAUGAGGAGGCAGGAGAGUAGACAGGGAUCCAAUCAGGGAUGCAGAAGACCAACCAUCAAAUGGUGAAAUAGCCAAUCAGAUGGGAGGAAAAGGACAGAGCCACACCCAGCCGUCUCCCUGACGACAGUCCCCAGGACCACAGACAAAUGUAGUUCCAGAGGCAGUCCUUGUCAUCCCUGACUCUCACACACUGUGGAAAACAUAAAAAAAAAUCUCAAUGGAGGCUCAGAUUGAUAUGUCAAUGUGCAAAGUGCAUAAAUAAAAGGUGCAGAGACUCUGUCCAAUGAGAUACGUCAAGGUAUUUCCCUCUAACUCUUCUCCCUUCCUCCAGACCAAUCAAAGGAGGACCAUUCUUCCUCUGCACCAAUCACAGGAGGACCACCCUUCCUCCAAACCAAUCAAAGGAGGACCAUCUGCCCCAAAACUUUUGAUUGGUGCGAAAAAAAACUCCAGUGAAUCUGGAUAAGCAAAAUAUGUAAUGGGUCCGCAAGUCAAAAAGAUGUUGGGUCCUUCCUACGGACUAACCUGAGAGAAAAACGAGUGCACACUUUUCCUUUUAAAACCUUCCUUUUUUUGUGGGACUAACCUGAGACAAAGACUAGGAAGGGCCAACAAUACUCUCUCCUUCCAACCUAACCCUGCCUUUUACUGACGAGUGGACUAACAAUACAGUGGAGCGCUAACAUGGGUAAAGGCUGUAUAGCUCUGGAGAUCACAGUGCACAAGGUGCUCGUUGGAUAGGUUCAACUAGAAGGAGGAGAAGAAGAAUGCUUAAUUAAUAAAUGCCAGAUGGAAAUUGGACUAUAGUAACAAUCAUCAUUCUCUACACUUCUCUUCCCCGCAGUGACGCUAACCUGGAUAAAUAAACAAAUCAAUAAACAAAAACAACUAUAAUCAACAACAUGGACGUCAUCAUCAGAACGCCAACACAACCCCGAGAGGCGGGGUUUAACAACAGAGUGGGCGGGACUUCGGUGGCAUUGUCGGCAACCAGUUGGUUUGCCUUCCUCUAUGGCUUUGCCCUACUGUCAAUCAUCCAGUUUCCCACGGUGACGGGCGACUGUUGGCUGAUUGAGGGGGAGAAGGGCUUCGUGUGGUUGGCUAUCUGCAGCCAGAACCAGCCCCCGUAUGAAGCUAUCCCUGCCCACAUCAACAGCACUAUCGUGGACCUGAGGCUCAACGAGAAUAAGAUCAAGAGUAUCCAUUUCUCAUCGCUCAGCCGCUUUGGGAACCUGACGUACCUAAACCUCACCAAGAAUGAGAUCUCGUACGUGGAGGAUGGAGCUUUCUCGGCCCAGUUCAACCUACAGGUGCUGCAGUUGGGGUUUAACCGUCUGAGGAACCUAACAGAGGGAAUCCUCAGAGGGCUGGGGAAGCUGCAGUACCUCUACCUACAGGCCAACCUGAUCGAGGCAGUCACCCCCAACACCUUUGAGGAGUGUCCUAACAUAGAGAACAUUGACCUCUCCAUGAACAGGAUUCAGGUGCUGGACGGAGGCUUGUUUACGGGGCUCAGUAGAUUAACCACGUGUGAACUCUACACCAACCCAUUCAACUGCUCCUGUGAGCUGUUGGGGUUUCUACGCUGGUUGGCAGUCUUCCCCAACAGGACCAACGAGAGGAUGGUGUGUGAUACUCCGGCCGGGUUUUCAGGCUACAGCCUCCUCAGUCAGAACCCCAGGAUGCCUGCGAACCGCAACGCUCUGCACAUGCUCAAUAUGGUGUGUACCGACGACGGUAGCAACUCUUUGCCGAGCAUCAUUGUUCAGUCUGAUUUUACGACCCUCCCACCGUACUCUCCCUGCGGAUUGGACGACUGCCCUUCUGGAAUGUCCCCAGAGGACCCAAUCAGCAUCAGCCCCAGCUACCUUGAUGUGAACAACAAGCCUAGUAUGAAGGUGAAACAGAUCUCCCACACCUCAGCAGUGAUCAUGGUCCAGAUCCCUCAUCCCUUCAGUAAGAUGUACAUCCUGGUCCUCUACAACAACAGCUUCUUCACUGACAUACAGAACCUGAAGAACCACAAGGAAGAGAUUGAACUGAACAACCUGAAAGCCCACACCGACUACACCUACUGCGUCGUGUCCAUACGACACCAGCUUCGUUAUAACCACACCUGUCUGUCCAUCUCCACCGGAAGGAAGGCAGGUCUGGAGAGGACCUCCAACGACUCCUCUGCUACCCACUACAUCAUGACUAUACUGGGCAGUCUCUUCAGCAUGGUCCUCAUACUAGGUUUUGUGUUCCACUGCCUGAGGAAGAAGAGGCAGCGAGACGAGAAGAACAAGAAGAUUGGAAAGAUACAGAAGAGCCUGAUGGAGCUGAAAUACGGAGCUGACCUGGAGGGUGGUGGAGGAACAGGAGGAGGGGGGUCCAUCUCUCAGCUAUCCCAGAAACAGAUGCUCUCGGCUGGGGAGAGUCUCACGCGGAUGCCCUACCUUCCCCAGGGUGGAACCUGUGAGAUGGACCAGUACGAUCUACAGGAGAUCAUUGAUACUCCAAAGGCAGCGAAAGGGAACUAUAUCGAAGUGCGAGGAACUGUGGGCGACCUGCCGGAUCGGAGGGAGAGAGAGCGGGAACGAGAGCGGGAGAGAGAGAGGGAUAGAGAGAGGGAAUGUAGUCUCUCUCCACAAGACAACCCUCAGGGUUCAGUAGCAGAGAUCUCCACCAUCGCCUCAGAGGUGGACAAGGUGAACCAGAUCAUCAACAACUGUAUUGAUGUCCUCAAGUCUGAGUCUACGUCGUUCCAGGGCGUUAAGUCAGGCUCUGUGUCGACCGCUGAACCCCAACUAGAGCUGAUCUCAGACCAGCCACAGAGACAGUCAGAGUUCCUGUCACCGCAGUAUAAAGGAGGUUACCGCCAACCUCUCCAGAGACACCACAGUAUGGAAGCUCCAUCCAAACGACCUUCGACCUCCUCCAGCGGGUCCGUCCGCUCCCCGCGCACCUUCCGCUCCGACGGGCCGUACCGGGGAACCUCUGAGACCAAGUACAUCGAGAAGACCUCACCGACCGGAACCACCGAAGACACCGUCCUCACCGUGACGCCCGCCGCUGCCAUAUUACGAGCAGAGGCCCAGAAGGUCCGACAGUACAAGGAGCAGCGCCACUCGUACCCGGGCCCCCAGCACCCCCUCCCUGACUCUGAGGAGCUAGAGGAGCUCAGUAGCAGGAAACCCUCUUCCAUCCUGGAACCCCUCACCCUGGGGCGGCACCCCAGAGAGCUAGCCUACGCCCAGCUGUCCCCGCAGUACCACAACCUGAGCUACGAGUCCAGUCCUGAGUACUCCUGCACCCCGUCGCUAGGGAUCUGGGAGAGGUUUAAACUCCAUCGGAAGAGACACAGAGAUGAGGAUUACGAGGAGGAAUACAUGGCGGCGGGACACGCAUUGAGGAGGAGUUUGCAGGUCGCCAAGGACGAGGAUCUGCACGACAUACUAGACUAUUGGAAAGGUGUCUCGGCACAGCAGAAGUCGUGAAUGGGCUGUUGUCGUGAUGUGAUGAGGCUCUGUCACUAAUUAGUUGGGCAUAAAGGAGGACGGAGAUCGUAUGGAGACUAAGGGCUCUAUUCCAGCUGGAAAGAUGAAGCGUUACAGAUUCUGCGAUUCAUUUCUGAUUGACGUCUGCAGCGUUUCACCGUCUCCGCUAAAGCAGGAACAUUUACGAUUCAAUCAACUGUACAGCUGAACUUCCACGCUGUGAAUUAGAGCCCUAGUGUACACACACACACACACACACA